CCUCGGCUGAACAUAAAAAACUUUUUAUAUUUGUAAUUUCUACUAUUUUAAUAAAUACAACCAAAAAAAAAACCGAAAAAAAAAAAAAAAAAAACAGAACAGAAAAACCGGAAAGAUCCUCUAAAUAUUACGUUUUCUUUCAUACUUUUCAGAACAACAUGAUAAGUAGCGAAAGAAGUCUAUGAGUGAUAAUUUUUCUCUAAAAGGAUCAAUCACAGUCACUAAUAGAGCAUAUAAAUUUCUUUUGUCAAAAUAUUAAAUAAAACUUCAUCUAUGUGAGAAAAUUGGAUGUUUCAUUGAAUCAGAAUGACGUAGUCUGUUUCAUCAGUCACACGAUGAUUUUAAUUAGCGGAUAUUUCUAUACAUCGUUGACACAACUGUAUGAAAUAAUCUUAUGCUAUUUGUAAUACAAUUAUAGUUUUGAGUCUAGAGGGAUGAUAAGCAAAAUACGAUAGACUCGCUUUUCUUAUGUAAACUUUGUCAUGUAUAAAAUUCCACAUCAGAUAAGAUAGUUGUUUAUACAUGAUUUAGUUCUAAACGAUGCAGAACUAAAAUUCAACAGUGUAUAUGGAUAAAAGGCAUAUAUAAUAUUUUUCAUUAUACGUGUGAUUUAUUGUCAUCAUGAAAAAGAAAUUGAUUGUUAUUUUUACUGAUGAGUUCAGAAUUUCUCGACUAUGAACAGAAAAAACAUUCAUUCGAAUAGUGUUCACAUAUCAAAGACAUUUGAAAAAAAGAACGAAAAGCUUUUAAAAGGUUUUAUAAAAAAGCUUUUUAUAGUGUUUUUUUAAUUUUUUACUAUCAAAUUUCUAAGAACAUACCCCCAAAAAAAAGUUUUGUUUAAGAAGUAAUGAUAAAAAAUUUCAUCAACAUUUUUGACAUCGAAAAGUCGAGUAUUUGUUCAAGUACUACUAUAAAAAUCACGAGUACGAGUAGAACCCGAGAAGUUGUACUUGAAUAUGAGUAUUCACUCAUAUUUAUUCGUUCCUUACAUACAUGCGAUCUAAGAGUAUAGUCAAUUGCUGAUAUAAAAAUAAUUUUAAAAAUUUCUGUAGACAAAUUAACUGAUCAUAGCAAAAUAAAAGAGAAUAUGACGUUGUUCUGAGAAAUCUAUACCAAAUAAACGCAAAUAUUCUACGAAAAAAUGAAAAUUUGCAAACGUGAUAUAUAUUUUAUUGGUUGUGAUUUUAAGUAAAAAAAAGAAUCAGACAAAAUAUUUGACAUUUUUCUACUAUAUAAAGAAGGUUGAGGAUAAAUGUGUUUCCAUCAAAAGCUGGAUUAUUAGGUAUAGAAAAAGAAAUUUGUUUCCAUUUGAGUAAUAUAGUCUACCGCCAAAAAAUGUCGACGUAGGAAGAAUGUUGAGACAAAUUGUUUCUUCUAAUGAGUCUAUAAGUCACAUAUUGUCUAAAAAAAUCACGUAUUACUUAAUAACAAAAGGAAACAUGAUUUUGUAUAAAAUGUCGACAUUUUCUACGAUUAUAUUCGACUAUUUCUCGAUCUGAGGUAAUAAUGUAUAUAUAGACAUUGAAAUAACAAUAACAGUGAUCGAAACUAUUUUCAGCUAUUUAUUCGGAACAAGCGGAAGAGAAAAAAACAUCUUUAAAGCAUGAAAUUGGUAUCGGUAUUAUAUCAUGUCAACUAGACAACUUAGUUAUAUUAUAAUAUGACGACAGAUACUAUUUUAAAGCUAUGUCAAAUUUAUUAUGGCGUAGAAGGCAUGUUGUUAAUAAAGUUCGUGAGAUUUUUAAGGUUAUAUAUUGUCUAAAUCUUCCAUAACAGGUUGUUUUAAUAAGUUUACAGCCGUGAGAAAAUAAGUUGAUAUAGUUUAUGAAACAAGAAACACAGAAUAUUCACGUGUUACAGCUGUUAUUGUAUAAUUAUAAAAAUGCUUGUUGAUGAUGGUACAACAACAUUAUUAUUCUACCAGAAAAAGAGUUAUUAAUUUCAGAGAAAAGAAAUUAUUUAUUGUUUCAGACAAUUACUUCUGUUUCAUGGGGUGAAAAAAUAUUUUUUCGUUUUUUCUAUUAAAAAACAAUAAAGAAUGCAGUAUCUAACGACAAACUGAGUACAAUGAUCAAUCUAAUUAUGAUUCAAGUAUUUUGUUAGAAAAUACAGUUUUUUCUUUUCCAAAUUGCGUUGAAAAAUAGUAUCAUUAAGUAUACGUUGCCUAUGGGUUUGAAAUAUUGUUGAAUUGUAUCGUUAUAACGAUUUUUGUCCAUUAUAUAUUAGUUUUUUUUUUAUAAUUGUAUCAAUUCUUUCUCGACGGUAGUGGAUGUAUUUAUUAAAAUGUGUUUGAUUAAUAAUGUUCAAUUUACUGUAGUUUAAAUAGAAAUAUGCAAUUUUUCAAUAAUAAAUGUUGGAAAACAUUGUACAAAUCGUUCUUUUUAUUUUGUUUAUUAACUGGAAGUGAUGAGAUAAUAUUGAACAAAAAACUUUCUUCAUGUUUAAUUUUAUUCACAAAAAUAUUAUCAUUCAUGAAAUUUGUCUAAAUAUCUAGAGUGUACGAUUUAGUCUACACCUAAAAAAAUUGCAAUUAUAUUAUCAAUUUGUUUUUGUAUUAUUUUUGUAUUUUAUUUUUACAGAAAAUAGAAAUAAUUAUGUAAUAAAUAUUUGUAUACGCUCUGAACAAAUAAUAAAUUUUAGACAUUGAAUAUAUAUAUAUAUAUAUUAUAUAAAAAUAUGUGAAUAAUAAAACAUUCAAUUAGAUAUGAGAAUUGUAUUUUUGACAAUGAAGCUAUUCAAAUAAACAACGCCAUUUCAAGUAUCUCAAUAUAUAACGUGUAUGCAUUUUAUAGCAUACAACAAAACGUUUAUUUGACAAAAAAAAAGAUUAAGAAUACAAUAUACUCUUAGCUUUUAUAGAUAUUUUUCUUAUUUGCAAUAAAAUCUAGUUCAAUCUAAACGUGUUGAAUGGAUCAAUAAAAUCUUUAUUAUUGAUAAUUUUUUUUGUUUUGAAAAGUGGGUAAAAUAAAAUCAUUAAGUUGAAUGAUUUAAGGCUCAUGAUGUCUUUUCUAAUAGUCAUCAACUUCAUUUUGUCGUUAAAAAAUGUAGAGAUUAAGCUAUUCUUACGUACAAAACAUACGUACAAAUAUGUUCUUUAUAGAUAAUGGAUCACACUAUUUAUCACACUAAAGAUAUCAAAAUGUAUUUUUAUCCAAUCAAAUUGUAUUUUCUUUUUCUAAUGAUUAAAACAUCAAUGUUCUGGUUAAGUCGUUAAAUCCAUACAAUGUGAAUCUUAUACUUGACGAGAUUUCAUGCAACAACUUUUCCUAUUAAAUAAAUAGAAUAUAGACUUUUCAAGACAAAAUUCUUAGUUUUGUCAUCGAAUAUGUACGAGAUUACUAUUAAUUCUGUAAUUCGCCUUUUUUUGAUGAGCACGUUUUGGAUAUAAAACAUGUUCGGUGAGAUUUUUGAUCUCAGAAUAACAGAUUAUUUUUUAUUCUAUUUGUUUCACACAUUUAUACUUGAUGUCAACUCUCAUUGAAGUUUAUUUCGUUAAAAUUGACUAUGAUAUUUUAAUAUUUUAUAAUAGUUUUACUUUAUUUCAUUCAUAAGAUAAACAUUUCACAUUAUUUCUGGUAGUAUUAAUAUCGAGACUAGAAUAAGGGCAUUUGUAUAACGAAUGAGAAUAUGUGUAUUGUUAUUUUCAAAUUUCAUUAUCUGAAUAUAAGACAACUAUUGAAUAAAAAAUAUUAUUUGUUCUCUAUAUCCUGUGAUAAGGUAAUUUCUAUAUUUUCUCAGAUAAACUAUAGGAUCUGAGAUAAAUAAAAAACGUAACAAUAAAUAUUAAAAAGGAUUACUGAUUAAUAAAUUUAAUAUUAGACUAAUGUUCAAAAUGCCCUGAUAUAGAAAUAUAUCUCACAUUGAAUCCACUGUAUGAAUAAUAUUUUGUAUUUUUCACGUAUACAUAUCUAUAUCGAAUACCUGGUGAAUAUAAUCAAAGUUAUCGAAUUUUUAUAAGAUUUUCUUAGCAAAAAAAUUGAAAAGUUUUUUUUUAAUGCUGUUACCUCGCGACACUCAUAGAAAUAUCUCAAUGUACACAUAUACAAUCUGGUGUUUUUCAUUUAUAAUGCCAAUUUAAACCGUAAGACGUGUCGUAUCAAAUAUAUGAGUUGACAACUAUUCAAUCAUAAUUUGACGGAUAAUAAUGAUGACAGUUAACAAAAUUAGUGUGUGUGAACCCAGAAAUAUGUUUUAUUUCUCUAAUGUGUUAAUAAUAACCGGCAAUAAGUGUAUGUUUAUAUCGAAACUAGCCGAAAAACUAUUAGAUUAUCACUUUCAUUUUUUUUCCUCUCUUCUUUCUGAUUUUUACAUACGUGCUUGCUGGUAUUUGACGUUAAUAUCGAUUUUUCGAGAAAAAGAGAAAAAAGUUAGACAUACAAGUCAACUAAGCCAUUUUUAAUUUUUUGUUUUCGAAAACCGACUAGCGUGGGGAAGGUGGAGACAAAUGAUGAAUUAGUAAGUUGAUGAUCUUGCUAGUUGGUCAGAUUAACUUAUUAACCCUACUACAAACGUUUUCAUGGUAGGUUUGUCCACAUUUGACUAAAGAGAUCUGCUAUCAGUUGAAGUCUUUUUUAUAACACUUAGGUGUAUCAUCUCUCACGAUAUCAUGAUUGAUACAAUAUACAAUACCUAUCAAUUGUAACAAGAAAAGAUUUGUGAUAUAAAUUUAACUUAUAUUGAAUAGAAAGGAGCUUGAAAUUGCAUAGGUCUAAUACUAGAUGGCACUUUCUCACUUUCAAAAUGACAAAUGUCUACAUCUGUUGUGCAAUGCAUUGUUGUUCUCCUUAGGAUGCCUCAUUGUAAAGAAAAUCUUACAAAUGAAGAUUAUGAUUAUUACCAGAAGAUAUAUAAUGAAAAAUCGUGGGCAUGGUGGUUAAAUCAUAUCGGUACAUUUGCUGUGUUUGUUGUUGGUUUCUGUGGUAAUAUGUUAUGUUUAGUGGUUUUAUGUCGUCGCCGUUUAAGACGUAAUUCUUAUACACAAUAUUUAAUUGCAUUGGCAAUUGUUGAUACGGGUGCAAUAUUGUCAGAAGUAUUAGUGGCAUCAGAUGAACUGUAUCAAUAUAGGUCGGAUAAACGGACGUUACUGCAACAUACGAAUCUCACGUGUAAACUAUACUAUUAUAUUCGUUAUAUAUUUUAUUCUAUGUCAUCAUGGAUCAUUGUUGCGCUUGCCAUUGAACGUUUAGUAGCAAUUAAAUUUCCCUUAUGGUCAAAACAUAUUUGUAGUGUUGUUAAUGCUCGGCGCAUCAUAUUCAUUGUACUGAUAUUUUCAAUGACAAUUCAAUCGUAUCAUACGAUUGUCAAAGGUCUCGAUUGUGGUCCAACAUCAUCGUCGUCAUCUGCCACAUCAACAUCUGUAUCCUCCUUUAAACCAAACAUAACGACAACACUUUUAGAUUUAUCAUUGACAACAGCAACAACAAUAACAUCAACAGUAACUAGUGGAACGACAUGUAGAUGUAAAACAUUACCAGCUUAUGCUAAAAUUGAUAUUGUGAUGACAAUCUAUGUCUGGCGUUUAGUUCUUAUGCUUCUUGUACCAUCAUCGAUAAUAAUUAGUGUAAAUAUUUUAAUAAUGAAUCAGUUAUAUAGUGAAUCAUCUUUGGUUGAUCAUAAAACAAGAACGAAUCAACGUAAAAAACUAAUAUUAUUAUAUAAAAUAUCAAAAAUGUUAGUUAUUGUUUCAUCAGUCUAUCUCGUUCUACAUGUACCCGGUUCACUAUUAGAAGUUCUUAAAUUUAUUUUUGUUCAUGCACUACAAAUAUGUAAUUCAAAAUUGCGAUAUUAUAUUUAUAUUACACACGAUAUUUUUGAUUUAUUGACAAAUUUUAAUUAUGGUAUUAAUUUUUAUUUAUACAUAAUUAGUGGAAAACAUAUACGUUUAGAAUUAUUGAGGGCAAUCGAUAUAUCUAAAAGAAACCGUGCCAAUCAUCGGCAACGAUCAAGUUUUUUUUCAUCAUCAUAUAUUCAUCUUUCAAAAAAUCAUCAUUAUAACCAUAAUAAUCAUAGUAAUUUCAAUCACAAUACGAGCACAGCUCCUAAACCAUCACUUCAACGUUUGUCAUCAUGUUAA